CUGUCUGGGUCUGCAACUCUUCAUCGUGUUUAUUUGCCGACGUAAAAAAUAAUUGAUAGUUCACCGCGUUUUACUACUGUCGCCGUUCCGCACCUUUUUGGACUUGUUGUCUUGCAAAAACGGAUAAUCCCCGAUAAUUAUUAUCAUUAAUUUGUGGAGUACUGUAUACUGUUAUCUCUUUGUACACGCUCUGAUCAAUUGGUGGAUGGGUAUUUUCGCUUCGUUCGGCAGAAAUUUUUUGAUAAAACGUCAUUUCUGCCGAAGUCUUCAUUCAGAAUUUGUGCCAGCAAUACACUUAAUCAGCAUCAUUUGGUAGUGAAAUUUGGUAUUUCCCAUGACGAUGGCCGAAGAGAAUAAAACCACAGCGAACCCUGAAGGACCGAGUGCUGACGAUUCGGUUAUCCCGGAAAAGCAUCCUCUUGCCACAUCCUGGUCAUUUUUCUAUCUGGAUCCCGAUGAAGCCAGGAAAGACUGGAAGCUGGCCACGAAGGAUGUCCUCUCCUUCGAUACCGUGGAAGAUUUUUGGGCCUUAUACCACCACAUAACGGCGCUCAGUCAGCUGAAAAAAGGCAGCGAUUAUUCCAUGUUCCGCGGGGGAUUAGGUGAUAUGGACAAGAUAAGGCCCGAGUGGGAGGAUCCCCAUAAUGCACCGGGAGGCUGCUGGAAGAUGAGCUUCGAUACCCAGAAAAUCGGCAACCGGAUCGACGAUGUUUUUCGGGAAUUGUUGAUGAUGUGCGUUGGGGAGAAUUUCGGAGAAUAUGGAGAAUACGUUAACGGAGUUGUGGCAUCAGCAAGAGCCAAACAGUUUCGAUUAGCGCUAUGGACGCGCGACGACGAUAAAGAGCACAUCGAUUUUAUUGGCCAGAAACUCCUUGCUGCUCUUCCGCCAAAUUACAAAAUUCAUUUGGAAUUUGUGACUCAUGCGGAAACGGAACGUGUGAAAACUGCAAGAGGUGUUGAUCCACGGCCCAAAGCAACGUUGUACAAGAACUAAAUUAAAUAAUAUGGUAUGGAUGGGGGAAUUUCGCAUGCAUUGCCUGAUUCAUGUGCCGUUUACUGGACCGACCGGAUUAGCGCGAGACGUCGUGGAUGCCAGUUUGCCGUUUCGGUCUGGUUGAAUUGGGCACAGUGGGCGAUAAUUAGAGAAUGGUGUUUUUUAUCUGUCGUGCGCUCUGUGCGAUGGUACAACAUAGUUACACAUGUUUGUUGUUUCUUUUCCGGUUGUUCUUUAUGUUUCGCCAGUUUCUUGAUUUUGAUUUAUCCGGGCAGAUUCUGUGGGUUGCAUGUUCACGGACGUUUUCUACGGACUGGGGGCAGGUUUUAUUUUGAAUGUUUUACAGGUCAGAAAUUGUAAUGUUCCUGCAAAGCAUUGUUGGGUUAAGGGAGUUAUGAGCGAAUAAAUUUUCUGUUCAUGC